GCUGAGGCUCACGCAAUCCCCUCAAGAACCCAGCAUGGCCUUCAGACGCGGGCUUGCUACUCUCCUCCUGGUUUCCUUCCUGCUCGGCCUCAUCUCCAGCUUUGGGGAGGGUGAUCUGAGCCUAAACUACUACUCAGAGAGCUGCCCAAGAGCUGAGGACAUAGUCAAGGAAGAGGUAGCGAAGCUGUACCACAAACACGGCAACACUGCUAUCUCUUGGGUCAGAAAUCUCUUCCAUGACUGCAUGGUCAAGUCCUGUGAUGCCUCGCUUCUAUUGGAGACGACCAACUCAAUAAUAUCAGAGCAGACCUCCCAGCGGAGCUUCGGCAUGAGAAACUUCAAGUACAUCACAACGAUUAAGGACGCACUCGAGAGGGAGUGCCCUGAUACAGUAUCUUGUGCUGAUGUCGUUGCUCUCUCUGCAAGAGAAGGUGUUCUUUGGCUUGGAGGACCAUACAUUCCCAUGAAAACUGGAAGAAGAGAUAGCAAGGAAAGCCACGUAGAAAUGGUGGAAGACUCUAUUCCUAAUCACAAUGACUCCAGCUCGCUGGUUCUCUCACGAUUCCAGUCAGUAGGAAUUGAUACAGAGGGUACAGUGGCUCUUUUAGGAGCACAUUCAGUCGGCCGAGUUCAUUGUGUGAACCUUGUUGGUAGACUCUAUCCCACAAUUGAUCCCACAAUAGCUCCUGAGUAUGGUGAAUACCUACGAGUCCGGUGUCCAACACCAAAUCCGGAUCCAAAGAAGGUAUCGUACUCAAGGAACGACCGAGAGACGCCGAUGGUGAUCGACAACAUGUACUACAAGAACUUGUUGAAGCACAGGGGGCUGUUGCUGAUAGAUCAGCAGCUCGCUUCUGAUCCUACAACCUCUUCUUUUGUGGAACUGAUGGCAGCUAAUAACAGCUACUUCCAUGAACGGUUUGCAGGUGCACUUCUCUUGCUAUCAGAGAACAAUCCACUGACCAUCGAUCAAGGUGAGAUAAGAAAGGACUGCCGGUUUGUCAACGCUGAUUGAUGGGAGGCAUUGCAAACUGCCCGCAAACCUGCUACCUCUUACAGUUUUCAUGGAAGGUUCGAUCACCUUGUAUUUUGAUAACUAAAUAAGAUGACUGUGGGCAUAAAAAAGACCAGCCAACAAGAUAAGCAUUACAUCCAAACAACUUAAAUUCAA